CAGUGACAACCUUUGAACGUGGAACUAAACUUUGCUUCUUUGGCAAAGUGGUAUUCUUAUGGUAUUCUUAGUGGGUUUCUCCUUUUCUCACAGGCACUGACUAUAUAUAUACCUCCACACCCAGUCGGAGACACAUAUCUCACAAUCAAAACAAAGCAAUCGACUGAUCAUCAUCAUCAUCCGAGGUAGCCAUGUCGAGCACAGCCGGUCAGGUUAUUAAGUGCAGAGCCGCGGUGGCAUGGGAAGCUGGUAAACCACUGGUGAUUGAAGAAGUGGAAGUGGCACCACCUCAGGCAAACGAAGUCCGAGUGAAGAUCCUUUUCACCUCCCUUUGCCACACUGAUGUUUACUUCUGGGAAGCGAAGGGGCAGACACCUCUGUUUCCUCGCAUAUUUGGUCAUGAAGCUGGAGGAAUUGUGGAGAGUAUAGGCGAGGGUGUAACUGAUCUCAAACCAGGAGACCAUGUUCUCCCUGUAUUCACUGGGGAGUGCAAGGAAUGUCGCCAUUGUAAGUCAGAGGAGAGUAAUAUGUGUGACCUCCUUAGGAUUAACACCGACAGGGGUGUUAUGCUUAGCGACGGCAAGACGAGAUUCUCCAAAAAUGGACAGCCAAUUUACCAUUUUGUUGGCACCUCUACAUUUAGCGAAUACACUGUUGUCCAUGUUGGCUGCCUUGCCAAGAUCAACCCUGCAGCCCCACUAGACAAAGUUUGUGUUCUUAGUUGCGGAAUAUCCACAGGUCUUGGUGCCACUUUGAAUGUUGCAAAACCCAAGAAGGGUCAAUCUGUAGCUGUCUUUGGAUUGGGUGCUGUCGGCCUUGCUGCUGCUGAAGGGGCUAGGAUUGCUGGGGCUUCAAGAAUCAUUGGUGUUGACCUGAACUCCAGUCGCUUCGAGGAAGCCAAGAAAUUUGGUGUCACUGAAUUUGUGAAUCCAAAAGAUCAUGACAAGCCCGUUCAACAGGUGCUUGUUGAGAUGACUGACGGAGGGGUGGAUCGGGCUGUUGAAUGUACUGGAAGCAUCCAGGCCAUGAUCUCAGCUUUUGAAUGCGUUCAUGAUGGUUGGGGUGUUGCAGUGCUUGUUGGAGUACCAAAUAAAGAUGAUUCAUUCAAGACUCAUCCUAUGAACCUGCUGAAUGAGAGGACUCUUAAGGGUACCUUCUUUGGCAACUACAAGCCCCGCACUGAUAUUCCAGAUGUCGUGGAAAAGUACAUGAACAAGGAGCUAGAACUCGAUAAAUUUAUCACUCACGCUGUCACUUUUUCGGAGAUCAACAAAGCGUUUGAGUACAUGCUGCAUGGGAAGUCUAUCCGGUGCAUUAUUCGCAUGGAUGCUUAAAACUCUUACAUUUUUUCUGUGCAUUGUUGUAAUUAGAAUAAGAUCUAAAGUAAUGUUCAUGUGAUUAUGCAGAGAGAACAAUCAGCUUUUCGUUACUUUUAUGUGGUUUUGAUGAAUAUUACUUGGGAAUAAAAUUUACAUAUGUUUUCCU